GCAAUGCAAGCAUCCCAUCUGUUUCGAGAAUCUCUCUGGCUAGCAGCAAAGAAUAAGUAUAACCAGCAACCAAGUAAUGAAUCACUCACUUGUCUUUUUCUGACAUAACCCAAGUUAACUACCACACUGUCUGAAUUUCAUUGAAUGACUUGUCUCAACAAAGUUGCAAUGACACCUCCUAGUUCUGACCACAAGAGGCCUCACACUCCAUCAUCUUUCCGCUUUUCAUCAUUGAAUUUGGUUUGGUUCCUUGUUGUACCUAGUACUGUGUUUUUUCUUGUUUCUACUUUGGGUCCUCAUCGACCCUCUAUUUCCCCUCUUUCUUCGCUUCUACAAGUGUCAUUUUCUAAUAAUUCCCUCCAAGGCUCUUCCAUCUUCAAUGGCUCCUCCAUUGAUUCUUCUUUCCAGCUGGAAGCUGAAACUGAUUAUUUUGUCUCUAAUAUGCCCCUUCCGGAUGCAAUUAUUGAGAAACACACGAUUCAACUUGACAUGUCGAAGAAUAAUGAAUCUGAACCUGUUGUUAUCGUUAGGUCGAAAAUUGUAAAGAAAAACAGUAAGUUGGAGAGGAAUGAAGCAAAUUUGGCAAGAGUUCGGUCAUCCAUAAAACAAGCUGCUUUAGUUAGGAAUUUGACAUCGACCCAUCAAGACCCUGACUAUGUGCCCCAUGGUCCAAUCUAUAGGAAUGCCAAUGCUUUUCACAGGAGUUACUUGGAGAUGGAGAAGGUGUUCAAGAUUUAUGUGUACAAGGAAGGGGAACCACCAAUAUUCCAUAACGGUCCUUGCAGAAGUAUAUAUUCCUCAGAGGGAAGGUUCAUUCACGAACUGGAAAAGGGCAAUUUUUAUACAACUGAAGACCCUGAUGAGGCAUUGGUUUAUUUCCUUCCCUUCAGUGUUGUCAUGCUGGUUCAAUACCUCUACGAACCAGAAACCUCUAACACCGAUGCCAUCGGACGGACUGUUGUAGACUACAUCGAUGUCAUUUCCGGUAAAUAUCCUUACUGGAAUCGAAGCCUCGGAGCCGACCAUUUCAUGCUCUCCUGCCAUGAUUGGGGGCCGCGAACAUCAUCCUAUGUUCCACAUUUGUUCCAUAAAUCCAUUAGAGUUUUAUGUAAUGCAAACACGUCUGAAGGAUUUAAUCCAUCUAAAGAUGCCUCAUUCCCAGAAAUCAAUCUCUUAACAGGUGAAGUGGAAGGUCUCUUAGGAGGCCCUUCUCCAUCUCAUCGGUCCAUUCUCGCCUUUUUUGCAGGCCGUCUCCAUGGUUACAUCCGGUACCUCCUUCUUAACGAGUGGAAAGACAAGCGGGACCCCGAUGUCCAAGUCUUCGACCAACUCCCCAAGGGAGUUUCCUACAUGUCCAAGCUGAAGAACAGCAGGUUUUGCCUAUGUCCUAGCGGAUACGAAGUGGCGAGCCCAAGAAUUGUGGAGGCAAUCUAUGCUGAAUGUGUUCCGGUGUUGAUUUCAGACAACUAUGUGCCCCCAUUCAGUGAUGUAUUGAAUUGGAAAUCUUUCUCCAUUCAGAUUGCAGUGAAGGACAUCCCCAACAUAAAAAAGAUAUUGAUGGGUGUUUCUCAAAGGCAAUAUUUGAGAAUGCAAAGGAGAGUGAAACAAGUACAAAGGCAUUUUGUGGUGAAUGCAACUCCAAAGCGAUAUGAUGUCUUCCACAUGAUUAACCAUUCUAUUUGGCUUCGAAGAUUAAACAUUCACGUUCGGGAUUUUCAUCAGUCUUAACUUUUAACAAGUUUUCUCAACAAAUGUCAUGACCCAAAUAUGUAUAAGUUCUAAUAAGAUGUUUUUUUCUAACCUUGUUCA